CCCCAUUUUAUCCUCACAACAGCCCUGUAAGGUAGGUUAGGCUGAAAGAUGGCAUCUGGCCCAAAGUCUUCUAGUUGGCUUCAUGGGGAUUUUAACCUGGGUCUUCUUAGGCCUAGUCUAACCCAGACUUCCCCAUGUCUUGGUGCCCACUGGAUGUUGCUGGACUACAGCUCCCAUUCUCCUUGACCACUGGCCAUGCAGAGCCCAAAACUUUUGGAUAGCGUCAAGUUCAGGAAGGCUGCUCUAACCAUUACACCACACUGGCCAUAACUGCGAGUGUGACGCCUAAAAACGGGUAUUCUGGCCCACCUCACCAUUACUGCAAUAAAUUAUGCAAACUGAUGCAGAAUUAUCUGAUUAAUCAUAUGUUUGGUCAUAUAUUUAAAAAAUUAUAUACCGCUAUGUCAUUUAAAAAUACUGUAUAACAAGGCAAUUUACAACAAUAAAGCAUAAAAACCGUAGGGAAGUUAAAAGCAGACAUCAGUUAAGCACUGUGGAAGGGCGGAUUCUUAAUUGACUGCAGAGGCCUGGCGGAGCAGGAAAGUUUUCAGCAGGCAUUUAAAACUUGGCCCAGAAGUUCAAAGCUGCCGCGAUCAGAAGGCUGCCUUGAAGCGCGCCAUAGUCCGAAUAACCCGGCGCACUGGACGGGAGGCGGCGGACAAAUCGCUUCUUGGAAAGCUUGUUCUCCGAAGCGCCGAGCAGCGCCUUGGCUGGACGUCGCUGAAUCAGAAAUGUGUAAUCCCCGUCGCCGCCCCGCUCCCAGCAUUUCUUCCCUAGACCAAGGUACAACUCAUGGGAAAAGCCCACUCGCGAAAAGGGCCCGUGUCGCUUUAAAAAGCGGGAUUUGGAGGGGAGGAGCGCAUCACGAAAAGCGGCGCGAGGAGGAAGUGAAGUCAGUCUCGCGGUGGCGAAUCCGCUGCUCGGAGCGGAGCGGACGAAAAAAGGAAAGAGCAAGCGAGCAAGCAAGCAAGCAGGCGGCGGGGCUGCGGGACCUGAGCUGGGCAGAGCCGCUUUGCAUGGUGAGUGGCUUCGGAGAAGCGGGGUUUCCCGCCUCUCCCGCGCCCCGCUUUGGAGAGCCCCUCUUUCCCCGGCGCGCGCGCGAGGGUGUGGUCGCAAUGGGGGGCUUUGCUGGUGGCCGGUUGGCAGCGCCCCCUCCCUCACCCCCCGCCGAAAGAUCUCCGGCCUAGAAAGAGAGUCGAAAAUGCUUGGGGGUGUUGAGAAGGCACUGACUGGAAUCCUCCUCCUCCCCGCGCUUCCUUCACUAGUUCAGCCAUAGGCGAGACCCGCUUGCUUGAUGUUCUGGAGGCGCUUCCUCGUGGCUCUUCCCUCUCUCUGUGUGCGCAGCCCAAUUCUGUGGCGGUAGCAUAUACAGUGGUACCUCGGGUUAAGUACUUAAUUCGUUCCGGAGGUCCGUUCUUAACCUGAAACUGUUCUUAACCUGAAGCACUGUGGGGAUGCAGCACCACUUUAGCUAAUGGGGCCUCCUGCUGCUGCCGCCGCCACGCGAUUUCUGUUCUUAUCCUGAAGCAAAAUUCUUAACCUGAAGCACUAUUUCUGGGUUAGCGGAGUCUGUAGCCUGAAGCGUAUGUAACCCGAGGUACCACUGUAGUUGCUCCAAAUGUUGCUAUUCGUUUUCAAAAACCGUGGCAAGAAUAUUAGCCCGCAGCUACGCUUGAAAAGUAUUGCCGAAGGGAACGCGCAUUCGCUCCUUGUCUGGUCUUCCCUUCCUGAGGGCUUUUGUGUGUGCGCUUUUGAGGGAGACUCCUCGAAGAGCCAUGAAAAGACAGAGGACAGCCGAUUAAUUCGGUUUAUUAUUCUGUUUUUAGCAUUGGGUGGGUGCGGUUGCUCUUUCUGGGUUUCCCGCCUCGUGUUUUGAUGCGCGGUUUUCCUAUUUUUUCUCCCAUUUGGAGGUAUUUGCAAGACACGCGCACGUCCCAGGCAGACGUUGCCCAAAAAAUUCCCCACUGGGGGUGUCCGGAAAUAACCGUGGUUGUGAUGGUGGUCAGGGGUAGGGCAGGCCUCGGGGCGCCUUGUCGGCUCCUUGACUGGGCAGGCCGAGCUGGGGGAACAAGAGGCCUCUUUGGCUGCUUGAGAGAUGCCCACAGUGGCAUGUUCAGCCAGGACCUUGGGCUUUGGGGGCUCCCUUCAUGGGGCAAAGUUCCCUGCUGCCAGUACGCCUCUCCCUACAAGCAUGGAUGGAGCAGGAAAGUCAGCAGCCAGGAGAUGCAGAAACAGCAGCUGCCGCAACUUGUUUACUUUCCUUGGUUGGGUCCAGAGGGAGAACCCUGUAUGGCUGUGGUGCCCUGGCUGCAUUUGCCAGAUGCAGACAGGAGGAUGUACUGCAGGUCCUGUAGAUCUGGGGUCCCCAAUCUUUCUAGCCCAAAAGCACUUUUGGAAAUCUAAGAAACAGACAUGAGCAUGAAAAAAAUACCCGUUUCGCAUAAGCUGCCAAAACAAGCAAAAACAUUUGCACUGCCUCAAAAUACAUACAACCUCCCCCUUUAAUAUGUAUUUAUAUAUAAAAUAGGGAGUUGCAGGGGGCCGUGGCAAGUGUUACCAGGGGUGUCUUUUGGGUGCCCAUGGGAACCCCAGCUCUAGACAUCGUAGAACUAUUUUUUUUACAAUAAUUUUUAUUAGUUUCCAAAUCCAAAAUACACCUCAUUAUAUCUAUAUCAAAUCACAAUACCAAAUCAAAUACCCAAUUGUAUAAUUUUGGUGCCCCCACCCCCCGCGUGCUAGAAUUACAGGUUUGUUUUUUUAAAAAAAUCUGCUUCCAAAGUCUUACUUAAUCCAGUUGUAUUCCAAUCAUAAUUACUCUAUAAUCCAUUCAGCAGCUGCAACGUUUAUAACUUCUAUUUGUAUUAACACAUUCAAUAAUUUAUUAGUCCACAAAUGAAGAUCUAUAUCCUUUUGCUACUGCGUGUAGUAAUUAUUUGUCCAUAAUUUUUCUUCUUUCUUUGCCAAAUGUUAAUCCAUUUGUCCAGAAAGUCCCACGUCGCUCCAGUUGUACUCUCUCCUUUCUUUUCUCAAUUGUAGUUGCAAUAUAAAUAAAUCAGCCUAGGGAAAAAGUUAACUGGCACCCUGCCAAAGCCCUGACAGUUCUCCAAUUUCUCUUCCUUUAGGUAUUGUUGAACUGUAGCUCACAUCAUCCCUGAUCUUUGGGCAUGUUUGCCGGGGCUAAUGGAAGUUGGAGUUCAGGAAAUCCCUGUUUUGAUUUACUUACUAAGCAGUAUCUAAAUGCUGAAAUAAAUAAAUAAAAUAUCUGGAGGGCCACAGGUUCUCGAUUCCUAGUGCAAUGUGACCAAACAACAAGAAGCGAGAAAUUAGGUUUUGUUUCUAUAACUUUUAAAAAAAAUUAUUGUGGCAGGCAAUGUGUGUGUGUGUAGGAAGAACUUGAAUACAGUGGUGCCUCGCAAGACGAAAUUAAUCAGUUCCGCGAGUCUCUUCGUCUUGCGGUUUUUUUGUCUUGCGAAGCACGGCUAUUAGCGGCUUUAAGAAAAAGGAAACAAACUCGCAAGACGUUUCGUCUUGCGAAGCAAGCCCAUAGGGAAAUUCGUCUUGCGGAACGACUCAAAAAACGGAAAACUCUUUCGUCUAGCGAGUUUUUCGUCUUGCGAGGCAUUCGUCUUGCGGGGCACCACUGCAUUGGAAGCGCAGUUCAUCUCACACAUCCUCUCACUUUCUGUUCCCACCUGCCCCAUAUUCCUAGUGGUGCAAGGCCACCUUGUAUCAUCAAGAGUGGAAUGGGGUGAGACAUUACAUCAUAAUCACAUUCCUGAAUGCAGUGCUAUACUUUACCCAUAAAGAUGACUGGCAACAGUUGACUCACUUUACCUUAGGAUAAAGUGGGACACAGCUGGAGGGAGGUGACACUGAGCUUUUUCUCCAAAUCAAGCUUCAUCUUAAUGUUUACGCCAAGCUUGAUCUUAAUGUUCAUGUCCUCAGUCACACCUAAAUGUGACAACGUUGGGAACAAGCAUUUCUGUAGCUAAAGUACCUCAGAGCCUGCCAAGAUUACUGGGAGGCAAGGGAGUUCUAGGCAUUUUCCCAGCUUCACUUGCUACCAAUGCAUGUGUCAUAUUCAGUCCCUGCUUCUCAUAACAACAGCUGCAGAAGCCUCAGUGAUGAAUAGGUUUGUCAAGGAAAUAGGAAGAGUGGUCCUGCAACUGCCUUUCUUUCCCAUCCACCAUAGAGGCCAUAAGUGGUUGCUUGGGGUCUGAAGUGUGUGAUAUGGCGCUUGUUUCUCUAAAAUGCAGGUAAGCAGCGUUAGGAAAGGAUUUCUCCCACCUUGCUAAUAUUUUAAAGGGGUAAGUGCCGAAGAAUACACACAAGUAUUUUGGACCUGAUUCAGGUUGCAUGUAUUCUACUUUUGUGUUUUGAACAGUGCUGAGUUUGCUCACUUUUCAGAGCGUGAUAAUAUUCUUGUAUGCAUUCGGAUUUGAUAGUGGGUUUCACAGAAGUGUAGCUUGCAUGCAGAAGUACAUCAUUUUUGCAGCCAGUCUGCGGUGGAAGUAUCCUCACCACAUUUUGGUUGGAGGAAACCAGCAGUUUUCAGCAGAAGCCAGAUUUUUACCACUUUGAUGGUCUGGCCUUUGUAUUAGUCACAAAGCCACAUUUUCUUCCUCUACCCACCACCCCACCCACAAAAUUUUUUUUAAAGCAUGAAACAAACAUGCACAUAAGGCACUUGAAAUAAAAAACCAAUGUGGACAGCAUGCUUGAUGCACUAGAGAGGGAGCUGUUGUGUUUGAUUUGGAGACUGUAUGUUUCAUUACAAGAGCAAAUGUGAGGAAAAUCGAGCUCACCCCUGCAGCAGAACCUCCUCAGGUUUGCUCAUGAUUGGAGGAAAUGGCCUCCUUUUCCAAAGUGAAUUUGGGUCUAACUUCAACCUUGGAAUAUUAUUCUUUUUAUUAAUAGUAAUCUUUUUGGCCAGUGACCCAUUGAGUAAAUUGAGAAGCCUCAAUUAUAUUUUCCUUUUGCCACUGUGGUUGGAGGCAGGUGUGUCUUGCAAGAAGCUUCUUCUGAAGCCAGGAUGUGAGAAUAGAGGCCAUAACCCAUAGGAUAAGGUUGCCAGACGUCCCCGUUUCCCAGGGACAGUCCCCAGAUUUACAAAUCAGUCCCCAUACAAAAUCCGUUGAAGUUGAAAAGUGUCCCUGGAUUCAUUGGAAAAAAUCUGGUAAUCUUACCGUAGGAACUUCGUGCUUGUGUGAAUUAUUUGCACACAUGUGUGCUCCUGUUACCCUCUGAAUAUCUGGAGUCUCCUGUGGGUUUGGAUAAGAUUGGUCUCUGUUACAUUUGGAACAGUGAGACUUUUUUCAGCAUCUACUUUCUAUAUCUCUUAUCUGUUUCUCCACCACCACCUAUCUUUAGGUGUGCAGCUGACAAUUAAACUACCUGAGGCAAAAAAAAAAACGUUUUGCAAGUUGGCAGCACGUGAGCUGUUCAGGCUGUCUGUCCUCUGCGCAAACACCUCUCCGCAUUUGGCAGGCUUCACUCAAUGGUUCACAUGGGUAGGUCUCUUUCCUGUGAGCAAUUAACUCUGUGCUAGUGAGCCUGUGAGUAGACACUGUGAAUGUAAUCAUAAAUGAAAACAACACUGCAAGCCCCCUAAAUCACAGUCUAGAGUCACUGUUAGAAACUCAGAUAUAAGGACCCAGGUGGGUCCUUAAACCAGGGUUACAGUCGCCAAAAUGGAAUGUUUAGUUGACAUUUAGGGGGCAGAUAACUCAAAAGCAUAUUUUUCAAUGCAACUCUUGAGUUCAUUCUGAUUGUGCAGAUAAAAUAUAACUGACGGAAUUCUACAGGAUGUGUUGUGGGUGUGUGAAAACAGGCAAGAUCCAAGGAUCAUCAGACAUUUGCCUCCAGAUGGUGGAGACGUCAGACGCCAUUCUGGCUCCUAGCUUCACUUGGUCACAAGUGACCAAUAGCCAGGUGAAAAAUGAGCCUGGCACAUGGGAAAUUUCAAACUCUGCUAGAGGUACAAGAUAAUUCCCACAACAACAGGAAUAAAAAGGGCUCUUGUCAAACCUACAUCCCAGAUACUUAGCAGCUGGAAACUUGAACAGACAAUGAGAACUGCUAAAAAUAAAAUAAAAGAAUCAUACCCAACUAAAGGAAUUAAGGGGUAUUAUCACCAAAGACCUCAUUAUUACUAUUGGAGUUUGAGGUGAGCAAGCAAUCAGUGUAAGUAAUUGCCUACAAAGCAAAAAAUUUAAAAGGGAGCACAUCCAAUAUUAAUAGAUGGCCAGGUAGUAUUCUGCUUUUCAACUUGACCAAAAAAGUCCACCUAGAGAACUACUGUCAUUCACUCCUGCUUCCGGAAGUACAGUGUUUUGUGUUUCCUGGAACUUGGGAGCUGAGAAUUUGAUGUUGACAGCUACUUCCUUAAUAAAUAUGACCUUUGCAACAUGAGUCAUUUUUUUAGGUUGUUGACUUGAACAUAUGUUUUUUCAUGGCUGUGACGAUGAUAUUAUGAUGACUGUUGUCCUUAUAUAAUUGACACCCUUCAUAUCUUUACUUGGCGAUUCAAGCGCGUACCAGAAAGUUUAGGGUGAGAUUCACCUAAUGUGUCCCAUCAGCAGAAGCCCCCCACCCACCCUGAGGAUUUCUGCUUGCACAAUGGGACUUCUCCUCUCCUUGCCCACCUCCCGAAAUUAUUCCAUUUGACAAGCUGAACUGCUUGUGCUGAUGGAACAUUUCUCUUAAAAUUCUUUCCUUUCUCUUGAAUUCUUUCCUGAGGUUUCAGCAGUUAAAGUAGUCGCCCUAGUGCAACAGGUCUACUUUUAAAAAAGGAAGUGACUUUUUGUGGUUAGGAAAGUGAUGGAGAAGUGUAGUCAAAAGUAUGGGGUGAAUGAAUCAGUAAUGCAAAGGCAUUUAUCUUCCCUUGCAUUUUGAAAAUUCAGUUUCUUUGGCAUCUUUCCUUUAGUGGAGCCUUAUAUAAAUUUGAUUUCUGAGUGUUUAUUGUGCCUUCUCUCCCCCCACAAAAAAGUUGGGGUUUUUUGUAUCCCCUUGCCAAUCUAUGAAUUAAAUACUUUGGUAUAUUUUGCAACCUUUGCAACUAAAGCUAUUUCACUUUCCCAGUUCUGACAAAUGUCUGCACUGUUUUGUAUUGGAAGUUUGGUGGCAAUCCCUAGGUGGCACCAGUAAACAUUGCAAUCAUUUUAUAGUUCGGUUACAUAGGUUCUGUUAUCUCCAUUUAACCAAUUAAGCUUUUUUCUCAUACUCGACCAACAUUUUCUCUGCACACAUUGCAUUCAGUAUAGGAUUGCUCCUAAUUUUUGUACAACAUAAUACGUUUUGUGAUUGCCCCCGCAUGCAAAAAUUAAAACAAACAGAUUGCCCAAAGCUUUGAACUUUAAGGCUUCAUUUAAAGUUCACUGCAGGCUCUGUGAAGCAUAGAAUCUACAAUAUUGCCACAGAUUAAUAUAUGUAGCCUGGGAUUUGGACUGGGAACUCAUAGUAGGAGUAGGAGUAGGAGUAAUAAUUCAUUUAUAAUUGCUUCCCAUGGAGCAUCCCAAAGGGAUUUACAGUAUAUUAAAAGCAUGUAUAAAACAGUCACACAGAUUGCGUGGCAGCCAUACCUUAGCCAACAGUACUGCAGCUUGCUUUGCUUAAGGCAGGUGUGGAGAGGCUGUAGCCCUCCAGGUGAUGUUGGUCUCCACCUCCCAUCAAGCCCGGCCACCAUGGCUGAUAGUUGUGCAUCAGGGCAGCCACUGGUCGCUUGCAGUAGGUGAUAAGUGACACACCUCUCUCCUUGGCUUUUGACACCUGAGAUGUAUGCUUUUUGGACCCACCUUCUGUGGUUGUAAGUGGCUUUAAACUGUAUUUAACAUGGUGCUUUAGUUGUUGCAACCCACGCUGGGACUUGGAGUGGUGGGCAGGCAGGUCAUAAACUGGUUAUAAUAAGAAUAAUACAUUUCCAGUUGUUAGUGGAUAAUUGGAACCUGAGCCGCAGACCGAUACUUAUUUCCUGUGGUUUUUAUUGCCAAGUUAAAACAAUUUGGUCUGCCUUAGUGAUUUCCUAUUCCUUUGAGGUUUCCCCUUUGGAGUUUAUUGUUCAGCGUCCCCACUUCCUUCGUACUCUGCUUUCAUUCUCCUUGUCUGAGCUAGGCUUAAUUGUGCUUAAACUGCUUAGGCAAAGAGCAGCAAGAUUUGCAGCGGAGUGUGCAGGCAGACAUUGUGGGAUGGUAAAAGAAAAAAGAAAGUGCAAUAAUCCAGUGUGGAAGUUACCACCUACCUGGGUAGUAAAUAUACAUAGGAAUGCCCUGCAUAUAUAUUUAAAUUAAAUUCAAACAAACUUGGAGUGUUUCUUGAAAAUUAUUUUAAUUUGAGUACAUGGAAGUAGUUAAGCUCAUGACAGCUUGACUGCAGGCAUUGAUUUUCAUUGUUGCAAUUUAAGUGGGGAGAAAAGGAAAGCGCUGAGGCCUACUAACACUAAUUUUAGCUUGUGAAAAAGCUGUUUAUUUCAGGCAUAGGCAAACUUGGCUCUCCAGAUGUUUUGAGACUACAACUCCCUAGCUAACAGGACCUGUGGCCAGGGAUGAUGGGAAUUGUAAUCCCAAAACAUCUGUAGGGCCAAGUUUGCCUGCGGCUGGUUUAUUUGUUACGUUGGCAUACAUCCCAUAGCAGUAAUCAACCUGAAAAAAUAAUUUUAUGGAUAAUAAUAAUUCAAGGUAUUUUCCAUUAAAGAAAUAAAUCAUUGAAAACAUUUCCAUCCCAUGUAACAUCAGUGACUUUGUUGUCUGGCUGCAUUGAGCAUCUGGAAAUUAUGCAUGAAAGGGAGCAUGCAGAUAUGUUAAUUAAGCCAGCCCAAGGUGUUGUAGUUUGGAGAUGAAAAGCUUUGGGGUUCCUGAUAGCAGGGGUGGGGCAGAGUAAAUCAUUCCCAGCAUUUCCUUCUGACUUGUGAAAGUUUCCUUACCAUUGGUCCAUCUAUCCCGGUAUUGGUUCCUAUGCCUGCCCCACAAGCCUUGGGCUCUGCUACCUGAAAGCCCUUAACAUUUUACAACUGAGUCCUGGGCCACUUCCUUUUUUGAGAAUGAUUUUCCUCAUCAUUUUCACCACUGCACCCAAGCAGUGUCCCAGGGACUGCACAGCCUUUCCUGGUUCAGAUGUUAUGGAGAAAUAUGGUUGAGUGUGAUCAGUACACUGAUGGCACCUUGCCCCGAAACUCCUAAUGACCACUCCCAAUGGCUUCGUGUAGAUAUUAAAUAGCACUGGAGAUAAGAGAGUCCCCUGUGGCGUAGCUGCCAGGAGGCCAAAAGGCACUCUUCCGAUGCUACUCUCUGGACUUGGUCCUGAAGUACGAUUGCAGCCCCCAAUUUCCAUUCCCUGGAGCCGGUCCAGGAGGUUGCUGACGAGAGAUCAAGAAGCUGGAGCAAGGUUGCACUCCUCCUGUCUGCAGAGGUCCUCUAAGAAUGCUUGCAUCUGCCCCACCACAGACCUCUUCACUACCUUCCCCCAAAAGAGGGAGUAUUUGCAACUGGUCAGUAGUUGUUCCAGUCCAGAGCUGGUUUCUUCAGGAGCUGUUGCAUCACUGCCUGUUUCAAUGCAGCAGGGACCAUCCCCUCACAGUGGAGUGUCAAAUAAACACAUUUCUAUAAAACCCAUUUGUCAUCAACAAAAACACCAGCAGCAGUAUGUGCAAAUAAAAUAUCUUGAGAAGUUCUGCCCUUUCCCCCAGUCUGUGGAAAGAUAUAAAAUUCUGGUGUGAAAUAUCUGUCAAGGAGGCCUCUAUGAUCUUCAGAUGGUAAUUGCUGGGUAUAUACUGGCAAGCUUGAGCUGCAGAGAGGGAAUUAACCAAGAGAUGAAAAGAAAUCACACGCAAUUCUUCUUUUGCAGGUAGAAGCCCUGUGAUUUCCGAAGAUUACGAGUAACCUGGCUUCAGCAUCAACGAUGGACCAGGUUGGAUCAGAAAUUAUUUUCAAAUAAUUGUAUCGUCUGAAGAAAUGUUGAGUUGUUUGUCCAAGAAAAGUUAUUUUUGAGUCACCUUUUCUAGAAGCCCCUACCCCCUUUCCCCCUAAAAGUGUUCAGCAGAACAAAGGAGUAAGCUGUGGCUCUCACUCACCCCUGAGCUAUGUAGAGACAUAGGGAAUCCCUGCUUAGGAAUGGAGGUCCCCGUCUCUUCCAAGUUCUCAAAGUUUACAAAUUGCUGCAGUGCACAAGCACAGAUCCCAUAUGUUUAGAUAAGUGUUUUCUUGUGGAAAGCACUGCCCUUGUAAGGUAGCUCAGAAUCACUUGAGAAUUCAGUCCCGAUAGCUGGCUUUGAUUGUGCAUGCACAACUAAGAGGGACCAUUUCCAGAAGAGUAGCUGUGUUAGUCUGUUGCGACAAAAAACAGCAAAGAGGCUUGUGGCACCUUAAAAGACUGGCCGGUUUAUUAUAGCAUAAACUUCCACAGACAUCGCCUGAUGAAAUGGACUGUAGUCCACGAAAACUAAUGCUGGCACAAGGCUCAGUCAGGCUGGUCCUUAAUCUCAUUUUUCAGACAUCAAGUGUGAAUUAAAAGAUGCCAAGAUCGCCUUAUUAGCAAUGGUGUGAUGGUGAUUCGAAGACAAGGGCAGAGUUGAAAAAGAAGUGCACUACAACAGAGUUAUAAAAUAACUGCCCCUGGGACACUAGAAACCAUACUUGGCUCUCACUCUGGAGAGUUUGACAGUGCCUGGUAUUUUUAGUAUCUUAAGAGCUGCUAACUUCCCCUUUUUUGUAUUUAAAUAUAAACUGAUAUUCUCCAGUUUCACAGGGUAAGAUUAUAGAUAUGCAUAACCCCUGGAUCAAGAUGAUAAAGGAUUUCAUGCACUAGAACUGCUAUUAUAAAUAUUUUUAAAUAAGCAUUAAAUGAAGUUGGCUGCAUGCUUAUUUAUCAUAAAUAAUACCUGUUCUGUUUCUCUCUCUCUCCCCCCCCCCCCCCCAUUAUAGGGUGAUUAUAAUAGCCCCUUUCAGGAGGCACAGCUAACCAAGAUUCUCCUCUACUCCUUCCUGGAGAAGUCUUCGGACUGUGCUUUUGCUUCAGAGCUUUGUGCUUUGAAAAACCAGUUGGUUUCAGAGCAGGACGAUGAUGAGGAGCUUCAGACAGAUGGCAACAGAUUUGGGCAACCUGAGGACAGUAGGUAUUUUAUCUUGAGCAAACAAGUUUGUUUGUUUGUUUGUUUGUUUGUUUGUUUGUUUGUUUGUUUGAUACCCAGGUUUGAUACCCUGGCUUUUCUCUCAGUGGAGCAUGAAUUUAAACAGACAGAACUACAAAUAUGCAAUAAAUAUAAAUAUUUUAAGAACAGUUAAAUAAAUAAAACUAUUAAAAAUAGCUCUGCAAACAGUUAAGGCCAUUUAAAAGCACACAUGCAAAAACAUACGUUAUUAUCCUGGCUUUUCUGCAAGCAGCUCAGAGCAAUGUACUCCUUGCACACAUAAGUAGCCCUGUGAUGUAGAUUAGGCUGAGAGGCAGUGGCUGCCCUAAGGUUUCCUAGCAAGCUUUGUGGCAGGGAUUUGAACCCCGGCCAUAAAUUCACCAUGUAACCACCAUGCUACAGUGGACACUUGUAGCAAAUCCUCUGUGCUGUCCUCCUCAGCUGUCUGUUUGGAACCUAACUUAAGCCUUGGGCAGAUCCAUGCCAUGUGUCACAUCCAGUGCAUUUUUAAAGCACAUGACUUCCCCCAAAGAAUCUAGGGAACUGUAGUUUGUAAAGGGCCCUGUGAGUGGGAAACUACGGUUCUCAUGAUUCUUUAGGGGAAGUCCUGCUUUAAAUGUGUGUUGGGUAGUGCUUUAUCUAUGUGGUGUGGAUAUGCCCCUUAUUUAUUUGAACAAUUUAUAUACCACUUAGCUACAGUAGUCUUUCAGUGAUUUUUUUUUUCAAAGGUGCAAUACCAAAAAUAACAACCGGUUUUCACUAAAAAACGAAACAUCAGUUCAAAUGCCUGCUUGAAUAAAAAAGCCUUCAGUAGGCCCUGGAAGUUCAGAGAGGAAGAGUGAGCAGAGAAUUCCAUUCUGUUUAAUCUUUUUUCAGUCAUAUAUCCAAAUUCAGAUGAUGAGGAAAUUUUCCGGAUUAUUGGAGCUCAGCUGGCUGAAAUCGGAGAUCAGCUGGCUGCCGAGAUUGACCCAUCGCUCGUACAGAAUCUUGUGCGGCUGUUUAUAGCGAAGAACAUGUCCAAAGAGGUGAUUGAGAGGAAUGAAAUUUAAGGCUUCAGAGUUUCAUCUACCAUGAUAAGUGAAAUCCUGGAUCCAAAUAACUGCUGUGCGGUUUUUCUGGGAACCCUUGCAAAGUCCAUGCUUCUCUUGCAGAGGUGACUUGGUGAAUGGGAUGUAUAAUAAUUGCUUCAGCUUUACUGUUGGGACUGAGGAACGUAAAAUUGGAGUUGGGAGAGAGAGUUCAGGCAUGUUUUGCUGUGGAUUCUCUUACAGUCUCGUGAGCUAAAAGGCAGUAACUUCAGGAACGCAGGGAUAUGUCUUCUUCUUGGACAGAGGACAACAAGGCAUUCAGCUUCAUUUCCGUAGCUGAAAUUUCUGUCCACCAGCAGCAGGCUAGACCUGUAUUCUUGCAGCCAACUUAGCUGCAAAAUUGGCGUUGGGGCACAACAGUGUUCCACGAAGCAGGCGAGUCCAAGGCUUGCUCCCACUGCUUCCCUUGGGGUGAUAAAAGUCCCUCCCCCAGAAGGUAGAAUUAUAGAGUUGGAAGGGACCAUGAGGGUCAUCUAGCCCAACCCCCUGCAAAGCAGGAAUUUUUUUAUCCAACAUGGAGCUUGAACCUACAUCCCUGAGAUUAAGAGUCUCAUGCUCUGCCAACUGAGCUAUGUCACCAGACUUCCAUUAUAUUUAUGUCAAGGGUGUUCUCAUAAAAGCACCCUCCCCAUAUGUGUGAUGAAGCAGGCACAACCUUGCAAACAGAACAUCAUUUUUCAUUGGAGGAGAAUCUUGAUUGUAAUCUGUAAUAGUACUUCUGUUGUGGUGGGAGCAUGUUUUAAAGAAAAUUUAAAACAUGGAAGAGGUACAGCCGUUGUUUUUUCAUCUAUUGGUGAGAAUUAUUUUAAAAGGAAUUACUUAUCUGUUAAGCAAAGGAGUGCCUACUAACAACAGAUGUUGGAGGUGUGGAGCGAGCAAAGCAAAAUUGCCCCAAGUGUUGUGGUUCAUUUGGCCGGGGGCGGGGUUGGUUGCUUUCAUUUAUGUAGAAGGUGUAUUUCCAUUUUUAUCUACCCCACAAUAAAUUGCAUUAGGUUACUCACCAGAAAUAUGGUUAUAAAUGGAGAAGGCAGCCAUUAUUUUAAAGUGGGUGGCCAAUGCAUGAUUAUAAAAAAGUAGAAUGCAACUUAAUGCCACUCAAGCUUCAGUGGUGAAGGCCUAUAAACAGUUGACACCUGCAAAUUAUAAUCUAAAAGUAUUUUGUCGUCUUUGAGGAGUUACUUUGCUAUUGACAUAUUAUUGGAUUGCUGAAUUUUGAAAUCCGUACAUAAAUGAACCCAUGUAUAAUUUAGAAUUUUUUUAAAAAUUUAUCGUUGGUGGAUGUUAAUGAUUGUUACACUGAUCUUUGAUGUUUGGAACUAUUGUAAUAUAAACAGCAAAGGAGCAAAACAAAGAUCCGCCAAAUGCCUUGCGGUGUGUGGGGACAAGGGGGAAGAGAAAAUAGGUUUUAUUUGUGAGGGAUUAGAGUAGAGAGGAACAGAAGGGCAGCAUUUCAAAGAGAUACAUUUUCCCCCUCUCUUUUUUUUAGGCAAUAACCAAUCACCUGUCUCAAGUAGUGAAGGAAGUUGUGCGAAGGAUGCCUUUGGAAAUGGAGCAAGAGAGAGCCAUGCUAGUGGUAGCUAUGGUUUUAGCCAAAAAAGUAGCAAACACUGUGCCAUCUCUUCUACAACAAGUGUUCAGCACAACCGUGAACUACAUCAACCAGAACCUCCGUGAUUAUGUGAACAACUUGGAACCUGAGGUGAUAUAAAAUAAAAUCCAGGUGUUGCUAUUUAAUUAUCUCCAUGCCCAGUGAAUAAUUCAGCCCUACUUUGGAAGCUAGGGGGGAAAGGAGUGGUUAUUCAGGCCGUGUGAAAUGUUGUAGGAAAGGAGUUUGUUGGGUCCCUGAUUUUACAUCAUGUGUGAAUAGGAUGCACAACUGGGGCCCAUGUACAAGUGGUGCUUGUUGUGGCCAGAGACAAAACAAUGGGGCAUGGCUUAUAUACAGUCUCCCCAUCUUGCAUCCUCACAUGCAAGAGGCAGUCACUGAAGCUCAAGUGACACAUUCCAGCCAGACAGAAGGACUUGAGGGUGCCCACGGGGGAAAUGGACUGGGGGAAAUCCCGAGGGCCUGAAGUUCCUUAUGCUUCCUCUGUUAGGAUGAGGAAAUUGAGCAUUUUUGACUCUGUUUGGUGUGUUAGCCUAACUCCAAGAUCACCAAAUUUUGGGGGCUUGCAAACCAGAGAAAACAUUGUUAGCAACACAUAGAGAGACCCCUGAAGCUUGUUUCAUCAACUGCAAGAUUUCAGUUGCAGCAGGGAGGAGUUAGGGAAGGCUGCUGCAGGCACAUGUGUGUCCAGAGAUGCCAUGUUGGCAAUAUGUAUUCUGACAUGUGAACCUGCCUUCAGUUGGACCCUAAAGGAUGGGCUGGGGAAACCCAGCCAGGUGGGCGGGGUAUAAAGAAUAAAUUAUUAUUAUUAUUAUUAUUAUUAUUAUUAUUAUUAUUAUUCAUACAUGCAGGGCGUGUAUGAAAGAAAAAGCCUUUUGGCGUUCACUUGUUUGGGAAAUACCUAAAUAUGUGGACCAUUGAAUAUAACUGUAGUGGACUGAACAUAACUCCCUCUUUUCUUUCUCUUCUAGAGGUGAAUGAAGGGAACACAACAUGUCUACCUUUAAGAAAUCUUUUUUUUUUUUUUAACCAGGAAACAGUUAAAAGGAACUGUUUUAAGCUUUGCUUGCAAUUUUUACCAAUACUAAUUAGUUCCAUGGUGCUGCUUACCUUGCUUUAAAGUAUGAAUUAUGAAUGACAUUUUUUUUCUACUUGAAAUACUUGGUCCUGCUCUACAUCUCAGGAGGCAAGUGGCUAUUUUUCUUGGGGUCAUGGUGGGAGCAGUCAGUCAUUCCUUGCAAAUGACAAGCUUGGAGCAAAGGGUAGAUGUUCUGUUCUGCCAGUUGCCAACUGGAUUGGAGUGUUUGGGAUCACUUAUAAAACUACAAAGCCUUAAUGAGCAAUAGCAGGUGCUCCAACCCAUCUAAGGACAUCACUCUUGGGCAUCAGUGAAAGGAAUUGCACUAAUGUGAAAAACCUUAGCUUGGGGGAACAGUGCUGGCAAUGUAUGCUGCUAUUGCCCCAUGGUACCUAGCCUUGGAGCAUCUUCAUCUUUCCAGUUGUCUUGGAAACUGGCUCUAAAGAGCCAGUUGUUGUCCAGUUUUUAGCAGAUCAUUGUUAAUUCAAGUAGUUUAUAUAUAUGUAUUUGUGUUGCUGUUGUAAAAUUUCAAAAAUGAAAAUUGUUUCCUGUUUUCUUUUUACAUUAGGCAGCAAAUUUUACAGCAAAGGUGGUUAACCUGUUGCCCUGGUAGCAUGUGUUUCUGGACUCAUCCGUGCCACCCAAACAGCCCAAAUGAGUGGGAAUGCUGUGGCCACAGGUCACCCACUCUUGCUUUAAAUGCAGCUGCCUUGUGGUGUCCAAUAAAAAUCCCUUAAGGUUGCUUGAUUGGUGGGUUCUGCUCUGUCAUGCAAGUGUUUUAUUUGCACUUGGGAAUUUCCAGCUCAUAAUAGAGUAGGUAGCCCUGGGCUCGGUAUCGGUUUAUAAAUCUCUUGACAUAGUUGCAAGCAGAGGGUGUGUUUGUGUUUAUGUGUGUGGAUUGCUGGCCUUCUCCUUACACCACCAGCUAAAUUUGAAAAGGUGUCCCCCCCC